AUUCUCUCAUUGUGAAAUCAGCCUUUGCCUAUGGUUUCAUGCACCCUCUUCUUUUCUGUGUGAUCUUCUCAAUCUUUGAUCUCUGUGAGCAUUUCUGGAUCUAAGCAUUGACAUUUUCCCCGCGAAAAACAGGAGCCCCGUUAAUUUCCGGGAAGAACGAGGAGUCGGCCUUCAGCAAUGGCCCCCUCGAGGCCUCGACCGUCAUCCCUCUCAUGCUCCCGCUCUACUGCGUCGGUUCAGCCCUCGAGUUACUCGCCAAAGGCAGGAUAUGCAGGAUCUUCCACCAUGUCCAGUACGCAAUUGCGCUCUUCCUCUACGCUUUCUUCUCCGCCCGCUUUCCGGCCGGUUCCCGCCGGAUUCCCAAUCCGGAGGCCGCUGGGAGUAACAGCCCGGCGGUCGUCUACUCCGGAAUAGGCCGGGCCAUUAACGCAGAUCCUCUCCCUAACCAGCGAGAUGCCCGUGGGUUCACGGAAGUACGACGUCGUCCGCGACCUCGCCGAUCGAAUCAUCGACGAGAAAGCCCGCGAUGGGAGCGGGGUGUUACGCACGGUGGUAUCCUCUGCUUUCGGCAGGACCCUCGACUUUCUGGAGGUGGCGAAGGAGGAGCGAUCGUCGGAGGCCGAGUUCCCAUCGCCGGAGAAGGUCGAGGGCUCGCAGGUCAUCGGGCUUUUGCGAGUCGUGGAGGCGGCUAGGCGCCGGCUAGGGUUUUCCGGGCGCAGGGGCAGCAGCUUGUCUGCGGAGAAGCUGGCUCUGGAGCUGCUCUGGCUUGCGCAGAGGUUGGACGUCUGUGGAGCCGUUGGUGACGCCAUCCGACAAAUGGGAUCGGCUUCUCGUGUGGCUCGACUCGCGGUCUCGGCUGACCCUGGGCUCAAGUCUUCAUUAUGAAUUGUUACAAACCGUGUUUCACUCCAACAGUAUCAUCGAAUGCAUCCUAUGGUACAAUCCGGUUUCAUGCAGGAGAAAUGAAUGCAUGUGUUGUUGGUGGAGACAUAGGGGUCCCUCAAUAAUGUAUAUAACAGUUUAGCACCAAUGUUAUUA